AUGGUUGAGAGAUCAAGCUCACGGUAUCUGGGAAUAAUCAUCACCAGAAAAUCGAUAAUUUUCUUGCUAAUAUCAAUCCUCUCCGUCCUCUCUUGGUUCUUAAUCAUUUCUUCCACAAACCCUAACCGAGUUCUUGAUUACAUCUCAGUCGCUGAACCCACAGAUGCGCCUCUCAACAUCAUCAAGAACUCAGACAACCCUUCCAGAGAAAACGACGAAUCGCCAAAUUCAGAAAACAGAGAAGAUGAAAACAGAGGAGGAGCAAAUACAGAGGAGCCCGUUGAUGAGAACAGAGCAGAAACCCUGCGGUGCACCCAGAUGUCCUCUCCUUCUCCAACACCAUUGAAGGUCUACAUGUAUGAUAUGAGUCCAGAGUUUCACUUUGGGCUAUUGGGCUGGAAACCUGAGGGAAACGGCGUCGUUUGGCCUGACAUCAGAAUCAAUGUUCCUUACCAUCCAGGUGGGCUUAACUUGCAGCACAGUGUUGAGUAUUGGCUAACACUGGAUCUUUUGUACUCUGAGCUUCCAGAAGAUUCUAGAACCUCACGCGCUGCGAUACGUGUGAAGAAUUCCAGCGAAGCUGAUGUUGUGUUCGUGCCAGUCUUCUCUUCGUUGAGCUAUAACCGAUUCUCUAAGGUUACGCAAAAGCAGAAGAAGAGCCAAGACAGAGAGUUACAGGAAAAUGUGGUGAAAUUUGUGACGGCACAAAAGGAGUGGAAGGUCUCAGGAGGGAAGGAUCAUGUGAUAAUGGCGCACCAUCCUAACAGUAUGUCGACGGCACGGCAUAAGCUAUAUCCGGCGAUGUUUGUGGUCGCUGACUUCGGUAGAUACUCGCCACGUGUCGCCAAUGUUGAAAAAGACAUCGUAGCUCCAUACAAACACCUUGUUCCAUCGUACGCCAAUGACACAUCGGGCUUUGAUGGCCGUCCGAUCUUGCUCUACUUCCAAGGAGCCAUCUACCGUAAAGCUGGUGGAUUCGUGAGACAAGAACUAUAUUACCUUCUGAAAGAAGAAAAAGACGUCCACUUCUCCUUCGGCAGCGUACGAAAUCACGGCAUUGCCAAAGCCGGAGAAGGAAUGCGAUCAUCGAAGUUUUGCCUCAACAUCGCCGGCGAUACUCCGUCGUCAAACCGUCUCUUCGACGCCAUAGCUAGUCACUGUAUUCCCGUGAUCAUCAGCGAUGACAUCGAGUUACCUUACGAGGAUGUUCUCAAUUACAGCGAGUUCUGUCUCUUUGUCCGAUCAUCAGACGCAUUAAAGAAAGGAUUUCUGAUGGGUCUUGUGAGGAGCAUUGGGAGAGAAGAGUGGGAUAAAAUGUGGCGGCGAUUAAAGGAGGUUGAGAGGUAUUUUGAUUUGCGUUUUCCGGCCAAAGAUGACGACGGAGAUUAUGGGGUUCAGAUGAUUUGGAAAGCUGUUGCAAGGAAAGCUCCUUUGGUGAAAAUGAAGGUUCAUAGGUUUCAGAGAUUUGCAAGGCCUUUUCUCAUGGUUUAA